AUGGAAUUCGAUCCUCAGACCCCUCAAUACAACACUUCCGACAAGUCGAGCUUUGCCUCGGUCUCAGCAAAUGACCGAUGGCCUGUUAUCAUUACUGGUGCCAUUGAUGAUCUGCACCGGACAGUCGUUGGUGUGGAUGACAAUGAGAAGGCCAAUGAAGGCAAGGGUAUCAUUGCCAAUAUGGCCAAGUUGAAGUAUGAGCUUCAGCAUGACCGACAACUUACCCCCUUGGACGACGACGGACACCCUGAUAUCGCGUCUUAUAACCAGGAGCUUGAGCAGCGAGGAAACCCCCAUUGGCACGACGUGCCCUGGCUGUACGCCGAAUGCUACCUCUACCGCCGGAUAGAAUCUCUCUUCGCAUUGUCAAAGCACUGGAAGGGCUAUGAUGUGUUCGCCCGCCAGAAGAUGGACACGUUCAAGUCAUCUCGCCCCGCCGUUAUAGAACUCGCCGCAAGAUAUCGCGAGCUAGCACAGGAAGCAGGGUCAGGCAAGGGAGCAGAAGGAAAGUCACCCGAGCAGGUCGAACAAGCCGAGAAGAUUCUUUUCUCAGAGAUGUGCGAGAUCUGCCUAUGGGGCAAUGCCACAGACCUUUCCCUCUUGACAUCUCUCACAUACGAGGAUAUCCAAAAGCUGCAGGGUUCCCAAGCGCGCAAAGACUCUCAAAAGAACAUUAUUGUCAACGACCUCGAUGCCGCCUUCGAGGCCAUGCAAAAGGCACGUAGAGAGAAGAAGGACGGCGAGCGCCGUGUUGACAUCGUCCUUGACAAUUCCGGCUUCGAGCUCUUCGUCGAUCUGAUUCUCGGCGGAUACCUGCUCUCCGCUGGCCUGGCGACAACAGUCGUCCUCCACCCCAAGCGUUUCCCCUGGUUCGUGUCUGAUGUCACUCCAAAGGAUUUCUCCGAUCUCCUUAACAGCAUGGUCGACCCGCAAGCUUUCUACACAGCCGCCGACGACUCCGGCAAGACCUUCCCACCACUUUCAGAGAAGGAGGUGUCGGAUGUGAAAUUCCUCUUUGAACAGUGGAGCCAAUUCCACCAGGAUGGCAAGCUGAUUCUGCGCCCACAUGCAUUCUGGACUACUCAGGGUGGAUUCUGGCGUAUGCCGCACGUUGCACCCGAUCUGUUCGAGGACCUAAAGGAGAGCGAGCUUGUUUUGUUCAAGGGUGAUCUGAACUACCGGAAAUUGGUCAAUGAUGCCGAGUGGGAUCCUACCACACCAUUCACAGAGGCUAUCGGACCUCUCGGUCCCAAGUCUGGUAUUCGUGUCCUGGCCUUCCGUACUUGCAAGGCUGAUACCGUUGUUGGACUCCCUGCUGGAAAGGACGAGGAACUUCGUCAGCUGCCUGGUGGUGGUGAUUCCAAGACUCGCAAGUGGGCUUGGAGUGGCAAGUGGGCUGUUGUCUCGCUUUCUGACGGCAAAGCUUAG